CUGCGGCGCUGAAGUGGUAAAGAUGGCCGCCGCCCUGCGGCGCUCUGUUGGAGGCGGUAAAGAUGGGCGCCGCCCUGCGGCGCUGAAGUGGUAAAGAUGGCCGCCGCCCUGCGGCGCUCUGUUGGAGGCGGUAAAGAUGGCCGCCGCCCUGCGGCGCUCAGUUGGAGGCGGUAAAGAUGGCCGCCGCCCUGCGGCGCGCUGUUGAGGCGGUAAAGAUGGCCGCCGCCCUGCGGCGCUCUGUUGAGGCGGUAAAGAUGGCACUUUGAAAACUAUCAGAUUUAUUUCCACAGGUGGAAGUGGAACCAGUGGGGUUUUGUUUUGCUCCUCUGCAGAGGAAAAGCCAGAUCUCGUUUGGCUGCUGCUGUGUUUGACACUUUGACCUUUGGGAACGAAGCUGACCCGUCUAAACUGGAACACCAUCUGUCAGCUAUAAGCUGAGAUUUUACUUUGAAAAUCACCAACUGUGUCUUAAAAACAGGCAUGAGGUGAAGAGAUGCUCCAAACAUCUGUCCAUGUUUUCUUCGUCUGGGGGACAGUCUGUCUCCAGGAGUCUCGGUCCAGUCCGGGGAAAAGUCCAGGUCCAAGACCCGGUGUUCUGUCAGAUCAUCAUACGCCAUCAGAUCGUUAUACGCUUAGCACAAACUGACGUAGAUCGUCAUACUUUGUUAUUAACAGCUGUCUGACAUCCUGACUCAGCGGUUAACUAGUCAGACUGUCAUCAAGCAGCAGGGAGGCCAGUUUAGGGUGUGUGUUGUAGUUGGCUGCAGUUUUAGCUAGUCCUGCUUUAAAUACACUUCUAUCCAGUUAUCAUUGAAAACAAUUUAUUGACUUAUUUUUGUCGUAACUUGGCGUGCAUGCUGAACUGACAGCUCCUCCGACAGUCGGACUUCUUAAUGCGCAGGCAUGCGAACUCACUGCAUGACAGCAUCUGAUGAUCCGACAGAACACCGGUCCAGAUCCAGAACCCUGCAGUACCAACAGCCACUUGCUGUCUGACUUCCUGUCCUCUGUGGAAGAACCGCGGUCCGAUCUUCUUCCUGGUGUUGGUUCGGAUCCUCCUCACCUCUCUGAAGGUCCCACCACAGCAUUUCAAUCAGCUUGAGUCUGGACUUUGACUAGGCCGCUGUGUCUGAUGCCGAUGAGCUGCUGUGACUCAUCCUGGUCCAGUCAGGAACUGCAGGUCUGUGGAAGUCAGUCAGGCCCACACCAUCACUCUGCCACCACCGUGCCUGACAGUGUCGGCUUCUCCUGAGCUGCUGGUUUCCUCCAUCUUGGUCCAACUUUUCUGCUCUGGUCUCAUCUGCUCUCCAUCCAGAUGUGGCUCUACCAACCUCAGGCCAGCGGCCAUCUUGUUUCUAGAGAGGAGAGGCUAUCUGUGUGACGACCUUUAACCUUUAACCUGCUAUCUUGGGGUCUUUGCUGGGCACCAGCAGCUUGCUGGCAUUAACCAGCAGGAAUCCUCCUCAGAUAUUUAGAGCAUAAUAAUGUUUUAAUAAUGUUUUUCUGCUGAGUCGGCGGUUCUGAUCGGUUCCGAUCGGUGCUGCUGGGGUGAAACCAGGACAAAUGAGCGAGACAAUCCUCGGCUCCUGGAGUCGGCAGCGUUAGCAUCAUGCUGAGUUUCACAGAGUCAGAGAUCAGAGGCUUCAGGAUCUGGGUCAUUGAUCCAGAUGAUCAGAACCAGCAGAGAUCCAAGCCUCCAUCAGCGCCGGGGGAGCAGCCUCUGAUGAUUGGUUGGAUGCAUUGUGGAUGGAUGCUGGAUGUUGGAUGAUGUGCUCUGCUGUGACUCAGCCUCAGUCUGUAGGAGUUUCUCUGUUUUUGGGUUUUUCUCACAGAUAGAUGCUAAUCAGCAGACAGGAAGUUGAUCAGCUUUAAUCACCUGAGCGCGCUCAGAGCUGAUGGACGCUCUGAUAGGAGGAAUCUCCCCGAUCGGUUAUCUGACCCCAGAUCAGAUCUGAUGGUCAUAAAUAAGCUGAUCUGACAGCAGAUGAAUCAGAACCUGACCAGACCACAGAGGAGCCGACAUGCUGCUGCUUCGCCGCGCCGCCGACACACUGCUGGUCCUGUGCAGUGCAUUGUGGGUAAUCUCCGGGCAGCUGCCCUGUGACUCCAUGCUGGUUUUCUCCUCCGACGUUCCUCUGGCUGAAGGAAACGGGAACGUCCACCAGCGCUCGCUGUCGCCAUGGAGCUGGAGGUCCAGCACGGUGAAGAACCGGAUCCCGUCCACCAUCUGGGAGGCCAGCUGCAGCACCAAGUUCUGCUCCGGACCCAAACCGGGUCAAGAGGAAGAACACAACUGGAACUCUGUCCCGAUCCACCAGAACAUUCUGGUUCUGACCCGGAUGGAGGGCAGCCGCUGCUACAACGCCUCCUACCUCUCAGUGGCAGUGGGCUGCACCUGCGUCCGGGCCAGCACUGAGCAGAACUAGAGACCAGAACCAGAACCGGACCCGGAACCGAGCAGAACUAGAGACCAGAACCGGACCCGGAACCGAGCAGAACUAGAGACUGGAACCAGAACCAACCAGUACCAAAACCAGAACCAGAAAUCUAUGGUUGAGUAGUGUAAUGGAAACGGUUCUGGAUCCAGUUUGAUGUUCUGGUUCGACCUGGUUCCUCUGAGGUCCGGUCCUCCUGGUUCCGAUCCGUUCUGUUCAGAACUCCGACAGCUCCUCGUCCUCCUCCGAGCUCUGCGUUUCCAUAGAUACUGAUAUUUUCUGGUUCUGAACAAAUUUAUGAACACGGACUCGGACAGAACCGCUGUCGUCUGGCCCGGUUCUGAACCUGAAAUGUUUUUGGGUUCAUUUAUUAAACCAGAAAAAUGUUUAUGAUUCAAAUGGAGAACAAAGAACCGCAGAUAUUUCCCUUCCUCGCUGAACUCGGGUUCUGUUUGUGGUUCUGAUUCUAAAAUGUUCCGUUUAUUAUUCAGAUCACAAACCGACUAAACUUUCCUUUUGACUCUUUCUGUACAUAAAUGCUG